AUAAUGUCCGUGCAGUGCUUCAGUAGUUUUCGGUCAGUCAAUAGAGUAGACGGUAUAUCCUCUCGUGUACGUGAUAUCUUAUUAUACAAUAAUAUGGUUUUUUUUUAAGUGUAUAUAAGAUAAUAAUAUAAUCCAAAUUUAUUACCUAUCCCGCGAAAUAUAGCGAAGAGAACGUUAUAAUGGCUGAUGAUCUGGACAAAUACAUCGACAGUUACUCCAGACAACGAUGGCAGGUUUUCGUCUUACUGUUAAUGGCCGGCACACCUGGGAUAUUCAAUGCCAUACAGAUAUCGUCGUACGUGUUCCUAGUCGACAAACCUUCGUACUGGUGUGAUUUACCGGAUCUAAAAUCGGCAGGUUGGAGCGACCGGAUGAUCAUUAAUGUUUCCACGCCAUAUCAAAAUUAUACGUCAAAAAAGAUUGAAGAAUGUUCAUAUUACGAUCGAAAUUAUUCAAUAUUCGCUAAAAAUGGUUACAAUUGGUCGAUGAAUAAUUUAGAAACAGCAACUUCUAAACCUUGUCAGUAUUAUAGAUAUAGUAGCACAAAAUCUGUUGUAUCUGAAUGGGAUUUAGUUUGUGAUAAUGUAGCGAAGAAGUCAAAUAUUCAAGCAUCUAUGGCUGUUGGAAAGUUUGUUGGUGGACUAUUAUUUGGUUCAAUUUCUGAUAUUUAUGGCAGGAAAUUCGCUUUCAAUUUGGCAGCUUUAAUUUACAUGUUUACGGGUCCAUCUGCUGCCCUGAUUGAUUCAUAUGUAUUAUUUUUAAUUGCGAGAUUCUUGAUAGGUGUAGCCGGAUCCGGAAUUUAUGAAUCAUCGUACACAAUUUUGACUGAGCUGACAAGUGGUAAAACUCGUACAUUACUUUGUCUAUUAAUGAAUAUGUCGUAUCCAAUUGGUUAUGUUUUGUUAUCAAUUAUUGCUUAUUAUGUAUGGCCCUGGAGAAUGUUACUUUUAAUUUUGUCUUUGCCCAUGUUUGGAUUAUUGAUACAAUGCUGGUUUCUACCUGAAUCUCCUAAAUGGUUGAUGUCUCAAGGUAAAAAAAAACAAGCUUUAAUAGCAAUGGCUAAACUUGUUCCAUCAGUAAUUCAUACGGAUAUUGAUAACGAUGAUGACCAAGAUAAUGUACAAAUUAGGAAGACAAAAAAGUGUAAUGCAGAAUUUUUGAAGUUUUUGUCAGCUUAUACGUCACUGUUUUCUAAUAUGGAUUUAUCAGCCAAAACAGUUAUUUCUUUAUUUUGUGGAUUAUCUUGUGGCUUAUCGUAUUAUGUUAUUGCAUUGAAUGGGGAUAAUAUAACUGCUGAUCGUUACGUAUAUGUUGCGUUAAACGGAAUUGUUGAAGGUGUAUCAUACGUGUUUACUGUUCCUUUAUUACUUUAUGUUGGACGCAAAAAAGCAGUUUCGUGCUUUUUCUUCAUUUCGGGAAUAUUGCAACUGAUAUUAUUGGCUAUCCCACAGGAAAAAGCAGACGUUUUGUUAGGCGUGACUUUAAUUGCAAAAUUUUUCGUGAGUGCCUUAUUUUCAAUUAUUAUUCUCUUUGUAUCAGAGUUAUAUCCUACUACGAUCAGAAAUACUGGUAUCGGGAUGUUAUUGACUUUUUCUCAAAUAGGAUCUAUCAUUGCACCAUACAUAGUCGAACUUUUGGGAGCUAAAGCAUGGUAUAUUCCAAGUACAGUGUGUGGAACACUUGGUAUCUUUGUUUCAAGCUUGGUUCUGAUGUUACCCGAGACAAAUAAGAUAGUAUUACCAAAUACUCUAGAAGAUAUGAAAAACACUAAUUCCGUCAAGUUUAGCAACUGUUUUAAAUUUUAA